UUGAAAGUGCCGCAUACGCAGCGGCUUUUAUUAAGAUGGAUUCAUUGAAAGCUACUCCCGAUAUCAGCCAUAUUUUGUCCAAAAUAAAGCAAUCGGAUAAUUUAACACUCGUGGAAAAGUCCAAACCCGUAGCAGAUAAACCGACGGUGAAAGCGACCAAGAAUGAUGAAAGUGCUUUGAAUGCGCACGUUCGAGGGAAACCAAAAUCGGGUAGAAUUUGGAAGACGCAGAAAGAAAGAUUUGCUGUAGUAAAGAAGACGAUACGCCGAAUGAAAACAAAAGAAAGGUUAGCGUACAGGCAGGAAAUGAAGCAAAUCAAGGAGCUGUCCCAAUCGCUGAAGGACGAACGAAAGCGUCAGAACGAGGAGAAGCGCGAACGACGGGAAGAGAACAAACGGAGAAGAUUGGAGAACGAACGGAAGGCUGAGAUCGUUCAGAUAAUCAACAACCCUGCCAAGCUGAAGCGCAUGCGAAAGAAGCAGUUGCGGAUGAUUGAGAAACGAGACAUAAGUAAAGUAAAGGUUGUUUAACGGUUUAAUAGAAAACAUUUUUGUAAAAAAAAACCAUAAUAUUAACUGGGGCCAGCCGUUAAUCGUUUAGCGAUUGGAGGAACUCGAACAAGUUGUUCCACUCAAAUCCAUCUUUUUUGUCGACCAGCUUCACGUGACCGAUCCUACUGAUCGUUUGGAACAGUUUACUAAACGGUGGAUAAGAGUUCAGCUGAUUGCGAUCACCGAGGACGAUAAGUUUCACCUGCGCUCGUGUGAUUGCGACGGUUAAACGUCGCUUAUCGAACAAUAUUUCGUUGUUCUUAGCACCGGGCAACUCACUAUUCUCGUCGACUUUAUCCUUCGCAGCAUCAUCCGCCAGGUUGUUUGUUUUUGUGCAGGAAUAUAUUAUCAACUGAAAAACAACGACAAUAAAC